GACAGCUCUUCAUCCAGCUCUUCUAGACACAGGGUGACCAGAUACACAGAGAAAAGGAAAGAGACAUUUCUCUUUGACAGCCCAUUGAGGCAGCAGCAAUGCAUCAGCUAGUGUACAUUACAGUGGUUCUAGCCUCCUUUGGAUUCUCCGUCAAAGGAUACAGAUUCUACAAGUCAGAACAUACUGUUAGCAAUGGCGGACCCUGGGGCACAUGGGGCGGCCGAGAAAUGUGUCCCAACGGCUACUACGCUGCAGGUUUCAGUCUGAAGGUUGAACACCCAGUAGAUGGGGACGACACAGCACUGAAUGGAAUUAGUCUGCACUGUGUCAACACACGUGCAGGCAAGUUAUUGUUUUCAGACGUCGUCUCAGUAACGUCUGGAGUAGGAAGCUGGGGUAAGUGGACAGCUCGGAAAUGGUGUCCUUCCGGGAUGCUGAUGAGUUUUCGGCUCCGUGUUGAAGGUCCCCAAGGAGACGGCGACGAUACAGCUGCGAACAACAUAAUGUUUGAAUGCAGUGGAGAUGUCAGAAAUCUUGUUGGUGAGGGCACGUCCUGGGGUGAAUGGGGCGGCUGGAGUAAGUACUGCAGAGGAAAGGGGAUCUGUGGUAUCCAGACAAAACUAGAGGGAUCACAAGGGUCAGGAGAUGACACGGCUCUCAACGAUGUUAAGUUCUUCUGCUGUGAUUGAGGUGCCGCCUGUUAUUUUAUCUAGAACGAUAUGCACCAAGAACAUGCAACAAGAUGGAUCAUCUGUCUGCCUUUCUCUUAUCUCCGUCUGUUUGCCUCACUCUGUUUUUCUCCAAACGUUAAGUGCUCUCAAUAAAUUUUCUAAAUAAAUUAACAUGA